AUGGGAAACAACGAGAAUGUGCAAAAUGCGGAGCAGAGACAGAGAGAGACACGACUCAACCUGGUGCAGAGAAACGUCAAUGGUUUCAAGUUCAUCAUCCCUCAGAUCAUAAAGUAUAGCCCGGACUGCACCAUCAUUGUGGUUUCCAACCCAGUGGAUAAUAGCCUUACUUACAUCUCCUGGAACCUGAGCAUGCUACCUAAGCACCGUGUGAUCCGGAGUGGAUGCAAUCUGGACUCUGCUCGCUUCUGCUGCCUCAUGACCAAGAAAGAUGGCAUCCAUCCCAGCAGCUGUCACAGAUGCAUUCUGGGUGAGCAUGGCGACUCCAGCAUGACUGUGUGGAGUGGGGUGAAUGUGGCAGGAGUCUCCCUCCAGGAACUGAAUCCAGAAAUGGGAACGGACAGUGACAGUGAGAAGUGGAAGGAAGUGCAUAAGAUGGUGGUGGACAGUGCCUAUGAAGUCAUCAAGCUAAAAGGCUACACCAACUGGGCCAUUGGCUUAAGUGUGGCCGACCGCACUGAAUCCGUGCUGAAAAACCUAUCUCGGAUUCACCCCUUGUCUACGACGGUGAAGGGAAUGUACAGCCUUGAGCCCCGAAGCCUUCCCUGGCUCCAACAAAUGGAGUGGGGACCAGCAAGCCUGUUCUACCACAGGAUCUGGACUUGA